UUUUUUUCUCUCUCACACUUGUCUCUCAGUUUGUCUCUGAAGCAUUCGGAGGAGCAGUGUUUGAACUGCGGUUUGUUAGAGCGAGCCAAGCUAAGGGGAAUAGAUAAGGAAUCGAUAAUACGUUAAACCACCGAUUUUAGGGUUUCGGAUACAUUUGGUUUCUGUGUGGAUCUGUGUGAAAAUCUUGGUUUUCAUUGGUAUUACUGCAUGCUUUUUCUUUCUGAGAGGAUUUGAUUAGAAAAGGUGGCGAUGGCAGCUGCGUAUCCGGGAACUGUUAGUGCUGUUCAGGUUGGUUCGUAUUUUGUGGGACAGUACUAUCAAGUUCUUCAACAACAGCCUGAUCUUGUGCAUCAGUUUUACUCCGAUGCCAGCUCAAUGAUUCGGGUCGAUGGAGAUUCCACUGACUCUGCCUCCGCAAUGCUGCAAAUUCAUACACUUAUCAUGUCACUAAAUUUUACUGCAAUUGAGAUCAAGACAAUUAAUUCUCUCGAUUCUUGGAAUGGAGGAAUUCUGGUGAUGGUUUCAGGGUCUGUCAAAACCAAGGAAUUCAGUGGGAGAAGGAAAUUUGUCCAGACCUUUUUUCUGGCUCCUCAGGAGAAAGGUUACUUUGUUCAUAAUGAUAUCUUUCAGUUUAUUGAUGAUGGCAUGAUAUACCAACAUCCAACGCCCAUACUGUCAGAGAGCAAAUUUGAGGCCCAAUUGAAUGCACCAAACCCUCUUCCAGAGCCACCAGUUUCUGACUAUGCUUUAGAGGAAGAAGCCAGGGAGUAUGUGAACACUGUCCAUAUAGAAGAUGAUCCAGUUGAUAAAUACAGUCUCCCGGAGCAGCAGCAUCAAUAUAGUCUUCCAGAGCAGCAGGAGCAGCAAGAGGAUCCUGAGACAGAAAUUGUAGUGGAGGAAGCUCCUAUAGAAGAAACAUCUUCUUCACUUCAAAGUGCAGUGAAUAUUGUACAUGAAAGCCCCUCUGUCGCUCUGGAGGAACCUGUAGGAGAGCCCCAGAAGAAAACAUAUGCUUCUAUUUUAAGAGUUGCUAAAGGGCCAUCUGCACCAUCAGUUGCCACCCAACCUUCCUUCAUGGGUUCCCAAACUGUUUCAGAGUGGAAUCAUAUACCACAGCCAGCUGAACAACAUUCAAACCCUGUAUUAUCAUAUGCACCUGAAUUGGGAGUAGAAGCAGCAGACGAAGGUUAUGCAGUAGAAGAUGAAGGUGAACCAAAGUCUGUCUAUGUCAGAAAUUUGCCGCCUAAUGUUACCGAAGUUGAAAUUGAGCAGGAGUUUAAGCACUUUGGCCGAAUUAAACCUGAUGGUGUCUUUAUUAGGUCUCGCAAGGAAAUUGGAGUAUGCUAUGCUUUUGUAGAGUUUGAAGACAUUAUUGGUGUUCAUAACGCACUCAAGUCAUCUCCCAUUCAGUUGGCUGGAAGGCAAAUUUAUGUAGAGGAGCGAAGACCAAACAGCAGUGGCGUCUCUCGAGGUGGAAGAAGGGGAAGAGGAAGAGUCAGUUUCCAAGCUGAGGCUUCAAGGGGACGUUUUGGUGGUCGUGGUCUGGGCAGCAGGGGUAAUCAGGAUGCUGGUGAUUAUGGCAGAUUAAGAGGCAACGGUUUUCAUCAGCGUGGUUCACGAUAAGACUUUUUUAAGCUUAUCUACCCAUGGGCAGAAUUGGCGACAUGGAAAUCCUUUGUGAAGGUGCUUGAAGUUUUCUACGAUGCAAAUUACUGAUGGAGUAAUGCCCUCCUGUCGGUUUCAGGAAAAUUAUAUUUUGUACUUCUUGAGUGUCAUAUUUUUGUUUUUUAAUCUAUGGGAAUGUGAGACUUUAAUUAAUCUUUUUCGCGGGCGUCUGUUUUGCUUUCCUCUUGAAUAGUUUUUAUCAUGCAAUUCAAGUGGGAAAUUAUCGGCCUACGAAGUGUGAGGGAAUAUGGGGAUGCGUGUCUUGUGGUUUAUAUGCGAAGGUUAUGUGAUUUUGUUCUUUCCA